CGGCUUUCCUGCCGGGCUUUAUCAUGGCUACUACCACGACCACUGCCGAUAGCAAUUCGCGGCCCUCCUUCAACACCGCGGAUGUCUCGGAUCAGCUCUUACAGCACGAUGCCACCCUGGCAGUAGGCGACUCGAUCACCCUAACACUGGGAAGCGAUUCUUUGCUCGUUGUCGACGAACGCUCCGGCCGCAAAUCCGAGCGCGGAUGCUGUACAGUGCGGAUUCGAAAGGAUGCAGCCACCAGGAUUGCCCACACUAUUUCUCUGUACAAUGUCUUGGACGCCGAUCUUUCGCCGGCCGGUCUGACGAUCACCUAUGCGGAGCCGAAGCACAAAGACGAAGUCUCCGUGGCCGCCCUUCAAUACUCAAUCCGCGAGGAGGAGAAGAGCGCCGCCGAAACCUGGAUGAAGAAGUUACUCGAUGCCGCUUACGGCUCCGCCCAGCGUAACAAGAGACUCAAAAUCCUGAUCAAUCCUUUCGGUGGCCAGGGUCACGCUGCCAAGCUGUAUUCGACGUAUGCAGCGCCCAUCCUUGCUUCGGCACGCUGUCAGAUUGACGUGCAGGAAACCACGCACCGCGGUCACGCAACGGAGAUUGUGCAACAACUCGACAUCAACGCGUACGAUGCGAUUGUAUGCUGCUCCGGCGAUGGGCUGCCGUAUGAGGUCUUCAAUGGAUUGGCGCAGAAGCCCAAUGCACGGGAAGCGCUCGCCAAGGUGGCCGUGGCCCUGCUCCCUGGUGGAUCGGGCAACGCCAUGACGUGGAAUUUAUGCGGAACCGGCAGUAUCUCGGUGGCAGCUUUGGCGAUCGUGAAGGGCUUGCGGACACCGCUGGAUCUGGUGUCCAUCACGCAGGGGAAUACCCGCACGCUGUCUUUUCUGUCUCAGUCCUUCGGAAUCAUCGCUGAGUCUGAUCUGGGGACCGACGAUAUCCGUUGGAUGGGGGCUCAUCGUUUCACAUAUGGGUUCCUCAAGCGGCUCAUGCACAUGACAGUCUAUCCAUGCGACCUCGCGAUCAAAGUGGUCAUGGAUGAUAAGCAGGCGAUCAAGAACCAUUACAACACCUAUGCGCAAAGCCAGCCCGCUGGACGCCCUGCUGAGCUCACUGCAGACCAGUCGGGUGGCUUGCCUGAGCUCGUCUACGGAACUGUACAGGAUGACUUGCCCAAGGAUUGGGAGGUGGUUCCGGCUGAGACCCUGGGCAACUUCUAUGCGGGCAACAUGGCCAUUAUGUCGAAAGAUACCAAUUUCUUCCCUGCGUCAGUGCCCAAUGACGGGCAUAUGGACAUUGUCACCAUCGAUGGCACCGUCAGUCGACUGAGAUCUCUCAAGAUGAUGACAGAGAUCCCCGAGGGAAGAUUCUUUGAUAUGCCCGAAGUCAACAUCCGCAAGGCAUUAGCAUACCGACUUGUCCCUCGGGAGAAGAAGGGAUACAUUAGUGUGGAUGGGGAGAGCAUUCCUUUUGAAGCCUUCCAGGGGGAGAUUCACAAAGGUCUCGGUACUGUGCUGUCGAAGUCCGGACACUUGUAUGAGGCAGACGGCCCCAGGCCUUAGGGGGCCGAACCGGUCGCUGGAAUACCUUUUUUGCUUCAGUUUUGUUUUCCAGUUUUUGCACUCCGAUGAUACCCUGGAUUUUGAGGAAAGCACUGGCUUGCUUUCUGUUUCGGGUUGGCUCAACCUGUCCUGACAAGAUAUAUAUAUAGUGUACACUACCUAGAGAAGAGCGAAGAACGGGUAGCUGAUAGAAUCUCUAUAGAUAUUGUUAUAAAUCAUUCAAUGUUCAACCUCCGUAUCUGCCGGAUCGGAGCAUCAAACAAGGAUGAUUUCC